AUAUGCCUCGUGGGAAGAAAUCAUUGGCUAGAAUGGUUAAUAAAGAGCGUCCAAAUGAUGACACUGGUGAACGUCUAGAGGAAUUCUACAAUAUUUUAGUUGAUAAAGUUGCUGAUUGUAUUAUCAAAAAUCGGCGGAAAGCAGAUGUUAGUAACUCAAGCCGUAAAGAAAAUGAUGGUCCAAGUAAUGAGCAAAAUGGAACUGAUGAUGCUGAAGUUAAUGCAUCUACAAUUAUUGCUGAGUGUAUGGAAGCUACACGGGCCAAAAAGAAAGGAAAGGAAAAGGCAAACGCUUCUUUUGAAGAUACACUUCUUAAUGAGGCACGAGUCAUAAAUGCGAGAAAAGGGGUUGUUCGUAAGAUCAAUGAAGCGUUGUGCACUUAUGAUGAUGACUUUGUUGAAGAAGGUUUAAAUGAGAAGAAUACUGAAAAUGUUGGGGCAAAAGAUACUGUUCACAAGGAAGGUAAUAAUCAUCCUAUGCUUCGUUCACGUGACAGCCCAUCACACUUGCAUAAGUUGAUAUCAUCACUCAACGACACCCAAAAGGAAGCUGUAAAACAUAUUGGGUUUGGGGGUUUAUUGCAUCUACAAAUCAAUGAACUACCUUCAAAGUUAGCCUACUGGGUUAUAAAGAGUUUUGACAGAAAAGAGCUGAUGAUUCAACUUUGCAAUGGCAAAUUUAUCAAAGUGACGGAAGAGGAUGUGCAGAGGGUUUUUGGUUUCCCCCGAGGCCCAAAUUUGAUCGAGUCUGUUGAGGCCAAACAGAAGCAUACUUUAAAAGAUCAAUGGGUUUCAUUUUUUCCUAACUGCAAAAAGGGGCAAAUCACAGCGAGUGACCUAGAAAGAGUUGCACGUGAAUGCGUUGAUGGAGGGGACUGGUUCAAGAGGCAUUUCUUGAUUUUGGUUGCACACACACUAGUGGAGUAUAGAGGCCAUGGAUAUGUGGUUCCUUUGAUUAUCAAAUGCGUAGAAGAUUUAUUGACUCUGCGUCAAUGGAAUUGGUGCGAGUAUGUUAUAAGAAGUCUUGUAGAUGCGCGCGACAAAUGGGAUGCUAAUCAUCUAAAAAUGUUUGUUGGACCAGUGCUAUUUCCAUUGGUACUUUACUUGGAUCGGACUAAAGUUGGAAACAUCAUGCAUGGCAGACAGCUACCAUCCAUUGCCAAUUGGGAUUACAAGUCGAUGAAAGCUAGAGAAGAUGUAGAAGGCAAAUGUGAAAGAGGAUUUGGAUAUGGGGAGUUGUUAGAGCCCAUUGAGUUUCACUUUGGUGAUAAGAUGAAUGAUGUUGAAGCAGAAAAUACAACAAAUGUUGAUACUGAGGAGCUUGUAGAUAUAGCAGUGGAUCAAGAGAACUUUAGGAAACAACUUAUGAGGAAACUACAUAAGUUAGUUUUGAUUCGGGAAAUGGAAGCAAUGAUUGAACUCACGAAAACUGUUGAUGUUGUCGACGAUGGCUUGAAGAAAGCAAUAACUGAGGCUAUGAUGGAAUUGGGACUCCAAGAUAUGAGUAGUCCUCCAACGAAUGCAAUGGACAACACACAGUUUUGGAAUGAAGUGAUUGAUGCCAGCAUUGAAGUAGAAUCCACUUAUGAAAAGCGUAGGGAAAGAAUGGUUGACUUGUCAGCUGGUCCAACUUUUGAUCUUGGGAUUUCACAAAUGGGCAUGGACACAGGCGAUCAGCAUGGGGAGAUGCAAACUGAAGAGGUUGGCAUAGAGAAGGACAAAUGUGUUGGACAUUCAGAUGAUGGACAAAUUGAGAUUUCUGACCAUGUUCAAACAAAAGAUAACGUUGUUGGUGCAUUGCCACGGAGAAGCAAAAGAAAGAUGAUUGAUAGAUGCAUAAAUGCAAUUUAA